AUGUCCACACAAACCUCGGCUACCACUACCUCCUCUUCCCCAGACCCAGAGAAGUCCCUCGACUCCCUCAAGCCCACCAUCUCGCAGCACGAACUACACCACGAGCACGGCAUCAAGACCAUCGAUUUCGCACCCGGCUCCUACGUGCAGUCCAACAACGCGUCCUCGUCUCCGUCCCUGUCGUCGUCGUCGUCAUCGUCAUCGCCGGGAGACGAGGUCGAGUUGAUGCGGAGGAUGAGUCUGGGGAAUCGGGUCCAGAAAAUGUUGUGGAAUCCCAGAGCCAAGUACACGCGCCGGGGAAAAAUUGCAAGGGCGUUGGAGAGAGACCGUGUCAUCUGA